CGGAGGUGCAACCUCGCACCUCCCACCACAUAUAUGGAGCAGCUUUCCCUGUUCCUCCUCACUAUCCUCUGACAGCCUCACCAGCGACACACCCGACAGCUCACUGCUCAGGGAAGAGCCCACGACCACAGCAGCCGACCAGGACCAAAGAUACCCACAGCAGCCAUGGAAGUGUCUUACUGCUCUCCUCUCCAGCUCCAGGAGAACUCUUUCCUGUUUGACUGCGAGUCCCUGCUGGAGAAACCCUACGAUCCUGUGGCCUACGAUCCGGCCUCGGACGCUGGUUACUUCAGCGCAGGCAGCGGCCUGUCUCCCACCUCGUCUGUGGACUCCUUUUGCUUCUCCCCUACCUCCAUCCAGGCCGCAGGAGAUGAACAGGACAUCUUGGACCGCUUCAUCUUCAGCAGCCCCGAAGCGCCUCAUCUUACCCAGAACACACAGACUCUCCCCCGCCCCGGGUCCUCCUCGACCAGCCCCGCCGCAAAGAAGUCCAGGUCCCGGUAUCCGGGGAUGAAGCGCCAGACAGCCAGUGAGAGGGAGAAGCUGAGGAUGAGGGAUCUGACCAAGUCUCUCAAUCACCUCAGGACAUACCUCCCACCCUCGGUGGCGCCUGCGGGACAGACCCUGACCAAGAUCGAGACGCUGCGCCUCACCAUCCGCUACAUCUCCUACCUGUCCGCUCAGCUGGGCCUCAGCGAGGAGGGGCUCGAGCAGAGGGGUUCCCCGGGCUCCGUGGAGCCGCCGCAAACCCUCAACCAGUUCCUGGGUCAGCCAGCAGCCAGCUACAGUCCACAGGAAUCAAGCUGCAGCAACACGAGCGCGGACCAGAUGUCCUCUCUGCAGCACGCAUAUCAGGUAUGUUCAUAUCACGGCCACGAGGAUGGGCUUCACAAUCAACUGUUAACUGUUUCUAGUGAAGUUGACUUCACCAGCGAGUACUGGUUGCCACAGCAACCGCCACAGGGCGCCCCUUUCUCUGGACAGUGCUGA